CAAAAAAUAAACGUUGUAAAUGGCACAGCAAGCAAUAGUAAAAACACGGAUAGGCAAUAAAUAUGAGGGUACGUUCAAAUCAUUCGACCAGGUGGAAGGAACAAUAGUGCUAGAGGAUGUACGGCUGUGCAUACACAGCAUAAGCACAUACACAGAUGGCAAGCGUAGUAUUGACAGCUUGCCUAUUAUCAGUACCGUGAACAGCAAAGUGUUUUCGUUCAUCGUGUUUAAGUUGAAGAGCCUUACCUAUUUGGAGAUUGAUGGGGUGCAAAUCAAGACGAAUAUGUUCAUGGGAAGGUCUGAUGAGGAGCAUAAGACUAGGAUAAAUAUGGAAAAUGGAUGUAUAAACAAGGCUAAACAGGUGGAGGAGGGUGUUUUAUUUGGUGUACAGGAUUUUGAAGAGAAAUUGAAGUUAUGUAAGCGGGAUGGCGAGUUUGAUGGAAGGUGUUAUGAAUUGGAAGGAAUAAGUGAUGGUGUUAUGGGCGAAAGUGACAGCAGGAGUAUCGGAGUAGAUGAGGUGAGCACCAUUGCUGUUGUUACUGUUACCGAUACGGGUAUAAAUGAAGAAAUGAAGAGCGGUAAAAAUGAAGGAAUGAGAAAUGGUAGGAGCGAAAGAAUGAAGAGUGAUAAUAACGAAAGAGCAAGAAAUGGAAAGAGCAAGAACAAUGCUCAUGAAAAAAUAAUGGACGAGAAGGACGUGUCGUUCAAUCUUUCAUUUACCGAUGAGGUGCUGGCAGUGAUGAACAGCAGCGAAAAAAAAGAUGAUAGCAGCGAGAGUAGGAGAGCACGUGACAAGAAGGAUUUCCGCGAAAAAAAUGAAAGCUUUAGCUACAAGGGCAGCAUUGACAAAGAGAAAUACGCAAGCAAGCGCAAUCAGCACACUUCUCCACGAUUGAAAUACGCCCAUUCGUAUGAAAUUGAUGCUUCGAACAACGAGCACAACGACGAGUCGUAUUUUACGAAUCACAGCGAGGGUAAGCCGCGCGCAAGGCACCCUAAAAAGGCAGUCAGGCAGGAAAAGAAGCGAUCUUGCGAAAAGGACGCUUACGGACUGAAGGGCAACGUGCCCAAGAACGACUUUGAUUUUGCUAACACGGAAUCGAUCGAUAAGAUUGAGAGCGAGGUUGAGAAGAGCACCGAUAACAGCAAGAAAUCAUUCUUUGAUGAGUUUUGACGUUUACUUGUGCUUGUCCUGUAUAUAGAACACAUUUUAAUAUUUUGUAUUUCAUUACACACAUAGAUUUGCAGAAGCACA